AUGUGGUCCGGCUUCCAUGGUCCCUCUGAGCUGAUCAACGGUUCCUACAAGGAGCUGGACGAUCAUCAUCACCUGGGUCACGUCGAUGCUGCUUUCUGUCUCCACCAGCCUAACGACGAAGACCAUUUGCACACCUACUUCUUCCUGGUAUUGACCUCUCACUUCCUGUUUUUACCAUCCCAGUGAGCAAAAUUGGUUGAAAGGCGUCUUUUCAACAUCUUUUAAACCAAAAAUACUUAUUUUUCAACUUCUAGGGAUAUCUACUGAAACGCUGGUAGGGUUGGGUAGGUUACUUUCUAAAUAUAAUUUGUUACAGUUGCUAGUUACCUGUUCAAAAAUUGUAAUCAGUUACGUAACAUUUGGAUCACCCAAACUCAGUAAAGUAAUUUGAUUAUUUUCAGUUACUUUUUGAUUACUUUCAGUAAUAGGCAUUAGAAGAAGACAAAAAGGAUCCAUCAAACGCAUUUGGUCUGUCAUCAUAGUGGUCUAUGAUUGGUGGUCAUCAUUUGGUCUGUCAUCAUAGAGGUCUCUGAUUGGUGGUCAUCAUUUGGUCUGUCAUCAUAGUGUUCUCUGACUUGUGGUCAGACUAGCUCAGGUGGAAUUGAAAACAAACAUCCUUUCUGAAUUUAAAAGUAAUCCAAGAAGUAAUCAUCUAGUUUUUCAAAAGUAUCUGUAAUCUUAUUACAAUAUUAGAGCUGGUACUGACUACAGUUACAGUAAAAAAAUAAAUAAUCUAAUUACAUGUAGCUGAUUACAUGCAAUCAGUUACUCCCCAAACCUGAACAUUGGUCCCGUCCAGAAACACCCUGGUCCCGUCCAGAAACACCCUGGUCCCGUCCAGAAACACCCUGGUCCCGUCCAGAAACACCCUGGUCCCGUCCAGAAACACCCUGGUCCCGUCCAUGGUCCCGUCCAGAAACACCCUGGUCCCGUCCAGAAACACCCUGGUCCCGUCCAGAAACACCCUGGUCCCGUCCAUGGUCCUGUCCAGAAACACCCUGGUCCCGUCCAGAAACACCCUGGUCCCGUCCAGAAACACCCUGGUCCCGUCCAUGGUCCCGUCCAGAAACACCCUGGUCCCGUCCAGAAACACCCUGGUCCCGUCCAGAAACACCCUGGUCCCGUCCAGAAACACCCUGGUCCCGUCCAUGGUCCCAUCCAGAAACACCCUGGUCCCAUCCAGAAACACCCUGGUCCCGUCCAGAAACAACCCUGGUCCCGUCCAGAAACACCCUGGUCCCUUCCAAACACCCUGGUCCCGUCCGAAACACCCUGGUCCCGUCCAGAACACACCUGGUCCCGUCCUAAACACCCUGGUCCGUCCAGAAACACCCUGGUCCCGUCCAUGGUCCGUCCAGAACACCUGGUCCGUCCAGAAACCCCUGGUCCGUCCAGAAACACCCUGGUCCCGUCCAUGGUCCCGUCCAUAAACACCCUGGUCCCGUCCAGAACACCCUGGUCCCGUCCAGAAACACCCUGGUCCCGUCCAGAAACACCCUGGUCCCGUCCAGAACACCCUGUCCCGUCCAGAAACACCCUGUCCCGUCCAUGGUCCCGUCCAGAAACAACCCUGGUCCCGUCCAGAAACACCCUGGUCCCGUCCAGAAACACCCUGGUCCCGUCCAUGGUCCCGUCCAGAAACACCCUGGUCCCGUCCAGAAACCCAACCCUGGUCCCGUCCAGAACACCUGGUCUCCAACACCCUGGUCCCUUCCAGAAAAAACCCUGGUCCCGUCCAGAAACACCCUGGUCCCGUCAGAAACACCCUGGUCCCGUCCAGAAACACCCUGGUCCCGUCCAGAAACACCCUGGUCCGUCCAGAAACACCCUGGUCCCGUCCAGAAACACCCUGGUCCCGUCCAUGGUCCCAUCCAGAACACCCUGGUCCCGUCCAGAAACACCCUGGUCCCGUCCAGAAACACCUGGUCCCGUCCAGAAACAACCCUGGUCCCAUCCAGAAACACCCUGGUCCCGUCAGAAACACCCUGUCCCGUCCAGAAACACCCUGGUCCCAUCCAGAAACACCCUGGUCCCGUCCAUGGUCCCGUCCAAACACCCUGGUCCCAUCCAGAAACACCCUGGUCCGUCCAGAAACACCCUGGUCCCGUCCAGAAAACCCUGGUCCCUUCCAGAAAACACCCUGGUCCCGUCCAGAAACACCCUGGUCCCGUCCAGAAACACCCUGGUCCCGUCCAGAAACACCCUGGUCCCGCCAUGGUGCCGUCCAGAAACACCCUGGUCCCAUCCAGAAACACCCUGGUCCCGUCCAGAAACACCCUGGUCCCUCCAGAAACAACCCUGGUCCCUUCCAGAAACACCCUGGUCCCGUCCGAAACACCCUGGUCCCGUCCAAAACACCCUGGUCCCGUCCAGAAACACCCUGGUCCCGUCCAGAAACACCUGGUCCCGUCCAGAAAAACCCUGGUCCCGUCCAGAAACACCCUGGUCCCGUCCAGAAACACCCUGGUCCCGUCCAGAAACACCCUGGUCCCUUCCAGAAACACCCUGGUCCCGUCCAGAAACACCCUGGUCCCGUCCAGAAACACCCUGGUCCCGUCCAAAAACACCCUGGUCCCGUCCAAAAACACCCUGGUCCCGUCCAGAAACACCCUGGUCCCGUCCAGAAACACCCUGGUCCCGUCCAGAAAAACCCUGGUCCCGUCCAUGGUCCCGUCCAGAAACACCCUGGUCCCAUCCAGAAACACCCUGGUCCCGUCCAGAAACACCCUGGUCCCGUCCAGAAACACCCUGGUCCCUUCCAGAAACACCCUGGUCCCGUCCAGAAACACCCUGGUCCCGUCCAGAAACACCCUGGUCCCGUCCAGAAACACCCUGGUCCCGUCCAGAAACACCCUGGUCCCGUCCAGAAACACCCUCUAUCCCCAGCACUUUGACACUUGUGUAGAUCUAAAAAAGAUUGGAUUGUUCUAAACAAUAUGGCAGUAGCUCCGCCUUUCCCUCUGAUUCCUCUCUCCUCUCUAGGACAACAAGGUGUUCAGCUACCAUGAGCAUAGCCAUAGCCUGGUGGAGGGCUUCCCCAAGGACAUCUCUGAGGUGUUCCCUGGUGUCCCUGACCACCUGGACGCUGCUGUGGAGUGUCCAAAGGGAGAUUGUCUCCGAGACUCUGUCAUAUUCUUUAAGGGUAAGCUAAUCAAUGUCCUAUAUCUCUAUAAAUCAACAAUCAAUCUCUAUAAAUCAACAAUGUGUAAAUGUAGCAUUUUCAAUUAAAACAUUUCAAUCCCUGUCCUCUGUAGCUCAGUUGGUAGAGCAUGGCACUUGCAAUGCCAGGAUAGUGUUUCUUUCCUGGGACCACCCAUAAGUAAAAUAUUCAUGGACACAUGACUGUAAACCGCUUUGGAUAAAAAUAUACAGUUGAAGUCGGAAGUUUAAAACUUGUUUUUCAACCACUCCACAAAUUUCUUGUUAACAAACAUUAGUUUUGGCAAGUUGGUUAGGACAUGUACUUUGUGCAUGACACAAGUAAUUUUUCCAACAAUUGUUUACAGACAGAUUAUUUCACUUAUAAUUCACUGUAUCACAAUUCCAGUGGGUCAGAAGUUUACAUACACUAAGUUGACUGUGCCUUUAAACAGCUUGGAAAAUUCCAGAAAAUGAUGUCAUGGCUAUAGGAGCUUCUGAUAGGCUAAUUGACAUACUUUGAGCAAAUUGGAGGUGUACCUGUCGAUUUAUUUCAAGGCCUACCUUCAAACUCAGUGCCUAUUUGCUUGACAUCGGCAGGAUAGAACGGCUGACUCUGGUAAGACAAGGGGUGGCGGUCUUUGUAUAUUUAUAAACAACAGCUGGUGCACAAAAUCUAAUACUAAGGAAGUCUCGAGGUUUUGCUCGCCUGAGGUAGAGUAUCUUAUGAUAAGCUGUAGACCACACUAUUUACUAAAAUAGUUUUCAUCUAUAUUUUUCAUAGCUGUCUAUUUACCACCACAAACCAAUUCUGGCAUUAAGAUUGCACUCAAUGAGCUGUAUAAGGCCAUAACUAAACAGGAAAACGCUCACCAAGAGGUAGCGCUCCUAGUGGCCGGGGACUUUAAUGCAGGGAAACUUAAAUCCGUUCUACCUAAUUUCUACCAGCAUGUUAAAUGUGCAACCAGAGGAAAAAAAACUCUAGACCACCUUUACUCCACACACAGAGAGGCAUACAAAGCUCUCCCUCGCCCUCCAUUUGGCAAAUCUGACCAUAACUCUAUCCUCCUGAUUCCUGCUUAUAAGCAAAAACUAAAGCAGGAAGCACCAGUGACUCGGUUAAUAAAAAAGUGGUCAGAUGAAGCAGAUGCUAAGCUACAGGACUGUUUUGCUAGCACAGACUGGAACAUGUUCUGGGAUUCUUCAGAUAGCAUUGAGGAGUACACCACAUCAGUCACUGGCUUCAUCAAUAAGUGCAUCGAUGACGUCAUCCCCACAGUGACCGUAUGUACAUACCCCAACCAGAAGCCAUGGAUUACAGGCAACAUCUGCACUGAGCUAAAGGGUAGAGCUGCCGCUUUCAAGGAGCGGGACUCUAACCUGGACGCUUAUAAGAAAUCCCGCUAUGCCCUCCGAUGAACCAUCAAACAGACAAAGAGUCAAUACAGGACUAAGAUUGAAUCGUACUACACCGGCUCUGACGCUCGUCAGAUGUGGCAGGGCUUGAAAACUAUUACAGACUACAAAGGGAAGCACAGCCGCGAGCUUCCCAGUGACACAAGCCUACCAGACGAGCUAAACCACUUCUAUGCUCGCUUCGAGGCAAGCAACACUGAAGCAUGCAUGAGAGCACCAGCUGUUCCAGAUGACUAUGUGAUCACGCUCUCCGUCGCCGAUGUAAGACUUUUAAGCAGGUCAACAUUCACAAGGCCGCAGGGCCAGACGGAUUACCAGGACGUGUACUCCGAUCAUGUGCUGACCAACUGGCAAGUGUCUUCACCGACAUUUUCAACAUGUCCCUGACUGAGUCUGUAAUACCAACAUGUUUCAAGCAGACCACAAUAGUCCCCGUGCCCAAGAACACUAAGAUAACCUGUCUAAAUGACUACCUACCCGUAGCACUGACGUCUGUAGCCAUGAAGUGCUUUGAAAGGCUGGUCAUGGCUCACAUCAACACCAUUAUCCCAGAAACCCGAGACCCACUCCAAUUUGCAUACCGCCCCAACAGAUCCACAGAUGAUGCAAUCUCUAUUGCACUCCACACUGCCCUUUCCCACCUGGACAAGAGGAACACCUACGUGAGAAUGCUAUUCAUUGACUACAGCUCAGCAUUCAACACCAUAGUGCCCUUAAAGCUCAUCACUAAGCUAAGGAUCCUGGGACUAAACACCUCCCUCUGCAACUGGAUCCUGGACUUCCUGACGGGCCGCCCCCAGGUGGUAAGGGUAGGUAACAACACAUCUGCCACGCUGAUCCUCAACACAGGGGCCCCUCAGGGGUGCGUGCUCAGUCCCCUCCUGUACUCCCUGUUCACCCAUGACUGCAUGGCCAAGCACGACUCCAACACCAUCAUUAAGUUUGCCAACGACACAACAGUGGUAGGCCUGAUCACAGACAACGAUGAGACAGCCUAUAGGGAGGAGGUCAGAGACCUGGCUGUGUGGUGCCAGGAUAACAACCUCUCCCUCAACGUGACAAAGACAAAGGAGAUGAUUGUGGACUACUGGAAAAAAAAGUGGACUGAGCAAGCCCCCAUUCUCAUCGACGGGGCUGUAGUGGAACAGGUUGAGAGCUUCAAGUUCCUUGGUGUCCACAUCACCAACGAACUAUCAUGGUCCAAACACACCAAGACAGUCGUGAAGAGGGCAGGACAAAGCCUAUUCCCCCUCAGGAGACUAAAAAGAUUUGGCAUGGGUCCUCAGAUCCUCAAAAAGUUCUACAGCCGCACCAUCGAGAGCAUCCUGACUGGUUGCAUCACCGCCUGGUAUGGCAACUGCUCGGCCUCUGACCGCAAGGCACUACAGAGGGUAGAGCGUACGGCCCAGUACAUCACUGGGGCCAAGCUUCCUGCCAUCCAGGACCUCUAUACCAAGCGGUGUCAGAGGAAGGCCCUCAAAAUUGUCAAAGACUCCAGCCACCCUAGUCAUAGACUGUUCUCUCUGCUACUGCACGGCAAGCGGUACCGGAGCGCCAAGUCUAGGUCCAAAAGGCUUCUCAACAGCUUCUACCCCCAAGCCAUAAGACUCAUGAACAGCUAAUCAUUGCUACCCGGACUAUUUGCACUGCCCCCCCACCCCCACCCCAUCUUUUUACGCUGCUGCUACUCUGUUAUAUAUUUAUGCAUAGUCACUUUAACUCUACCCACAUGUACAUAUUACUUCAACUACCUCAACUAGCCGGUGCCCCCGCACAUUGACUCUGCACCGGUACCCCCCUGUAUAUAGCCUCCCUACUGUUAUUUUAUUUUACUUCUGCUCUUUUUUGUUGUUGUUGUUUUAUUGUAGUUUUUUAUUAAGAAAUAAUUGCAUUGUUGGGUAAGGGCUGUAAGUAAGCAUUUUACGGUAAUGUCUGCACCUGUUGUAUUCGGCGCAUGUGGCAAAUACAAUUUGAUUUGAUUUGAUUUGAUCAUGGGAAUCAGCCAAGACCUCACAAAGAAAUGUGUAGACCUCCACAAUUCUGGUUCAUCCUAUGGAGCAAUUUCCAAACGCCUGAAGGUACCACGUUCAUCUGUACAAACAAUAGUACGCAAGUAUAAACACCAUGGGACCACGCAGCCAUCAUACCGCUCAGGAAGGAGACGCGUUCUGUAUCCUAGAGAUGAACGUACUUUGGUGCGAAAAGUGCAAAUCAAUCCCAGAACAACAGCAAAUGACCUUGUGAAGAUGCUGGAGGAAACAGGUACAAAAGUAUCUAUAUCCACAAUAAAACGAGUCCUAUAUCGACAUAACCUGAAAGGUUGCUCAGCAACGAAGAAGCCACUGCUCUCCAAAACCGCCAUAAAAAAGCCGGACUACGGUUUGCAACUGCCCAUGGGGACAAAGAUCGUACUUUUUGGAGAAAUAUCCUCUGGUCUGAUGAAACAAAAAUAGAACUGUUUGGCAUAAUGACCAUCGUUAUGUUUGGAGGAAAAAGGGGGAGGCUUGCAAGCCUAAGAACACCAUCCCAACCGUGAAGCACAGGGGUGGCAGCAUCAUCCUGUGGGGGUGCUUUGCUGCAGGAGGGACUGGUGCACUUCACAAAAUAGAUGGCAUCAUGAGGAAGGAAAAUGAUGUGGAUAUAUUGAAGCAAAAUCUCAAGACAUCAGUCAGGAAGUUAAAGCUUGGUAGCAAAUGGGUCUUCCAAAUGGACAAUGACCACAAGCAUACUUCCAAAGUUGUGGCAAAAUGGCUUAAGGACAACAACAAGUAAAGGUAUUGGAGUGGCCAUCACAAAGCCCUGACCUCAAUCCUAUAGAAAAUGUGUGGCCAGAACUGAAUAAGCGUGUGCGAGCAAGGAGGCCUACAAACCUGACUCAGUUACACCAGCUCUGUCAAGAGGAAUGGGCCAAAAUUCACCCAACUUAUUGUGGGAAGCUACGCGAAACGUUUGACCCAAGUUAAACAAUUUGAAGACAAUGCUACCAAAUACUAAUUGAGUGUAUGUAAACUUCUGACCCACUGGUAAUGUGAUGAAAGAAGUAAAAGCUGAAAUAAAUCAUUCUCUCUACUAGUAUUCUGACAUUUCACAUUCUUAAAAUAAAGUGGUGAUCCUAACUGACGUAGAACAAGGAAUCUUUACUAGGAUUAAAUGUAUUCGGCUAAGGUGUAUGUAAACUUCGGACUUCAACUGUAUAAUGCUAUUAUAUAUUAUUGAUACCUGAAUUGACUCCAACCCUGCUUCCUCCCCCCAGGGCAUGACGUGUUCCACUUUGACACCCACACUAAGAAAGUGAAGGCUAGCCAGUGGGACCACCUCCCCAACUGCACCUCAGCACUUCGCUGGUUGGAUCACUACUACUGUUUCCAUGGACACCAGUUCACCAGGUUCCACCCUUGGUCCGGGACUGUGACAGGGAAGUACCCCAAAGACGCCCGCGACUUCUUCAUGAAGUGCCCCAACUUCAGUGAGUCCGGGGGGGGGGGGGGGGGGGGCAGCUAAACACAGAUCUCAAACACAGCUGACAUCUUAACGUUGACCAGCCAUGUAUGGUUGUUAUUAAUGUGUUGUUAAAGGUAGACUCAGCAAGAUGAUGUAGAUGCGGAAAUUAAACAGCAGUAGUGGGUAAAUCUCCGCAAAAACUAAGAGCGUUGAAGCGCGACUCUAAACGUCUCAGCUCUUUUUGUCCCAUAACUACCACAUUGUAGCAGUGUGAAGCGAACCCGUGCACAAGCGCAGAUACACUCUGUGUGACUGUGUGAAAGCAAAAGUCUUGCAUCGCUGAAUCUACCUUUUAAUGUGCAUCUUUGUGAAGUUUCUGAUUUGAUCAUGAUGUCACCCAGGCCGUUUGAGCGACCACACGGAGAGAGAGCGUUGCAGCCACGUCCCCUUGGACGCCAUGACAUCAGAUGACCUGGAGAAAGCCCUCGCCUUCAGAGGUGUAUAUGGCUUUGUUUUUUACUCGUUGUGUGUACCUGUGUGUCUGUUCAUAGUGUGUUUGACCUCAGUGGUUGUGUACCUGUGUGUGUUGAUAUGGUGUUGUCGUGCACUGUAACCUGCACUGUAGCAUUUUAUUGUAAACGAGAAAGUCUCAAUGACCUAUCUGGUUAAAUAAAGGCAAAAUAAAAUAAAAAAUACUCCUCCCUAUCUUAAAUCUGUCCAAAACUGCUCGCCCGCUUCUCACAGGUGACUAUUACCUGCAGAAGACUGAGGGGAGCAAUGAUGGCUGGCAUGCCUUCCCCAUCGCUCAUACCUUCAAGGACCUGCAGAGUGACGUGACAGCAGCCUUCUCUUACGCUGGCCACCUGCACUUCAUCAAGGUGAGAGGGAGGGAGGGAGGGAGGUGAGGAGGGACGUUGGAGGGAGGGAGGAGGGAGAUGAGAGGAGAGGAGAGAGAGAGAGAAGGAGAGAGAGAUCGAGAGCUAGAUAUCGCGCGCGAUAGCUAUACGAUCGAGGAGAUGGCGAGAGAGAUAGAUAGAGGUGGAUGCGUAUUUCUCUCCUCAUCUCUCCUCUCUCGCGAUCUCUCUCGCUCUGCGAGAUAGCAAGAGAGAGAGAGAGAGAGAGAGAGGGCCUUGGCCCCGUCACACAUUAGCUGGAGCUGAUUUCCAGUGAUUGUCCCUCGAUGGGCUUCUUCUCCUAAUAACAAUAAUUGCUUGGAUUUAUAUAGCGCCUUUCCAACCUACAGUAGGAGCUCAAAGCGUAAUAGUAAGGCCUCUUCCAUCACCAAGGUGUAGACCCACUUGUAAUGUUUCUUCACUGGCGUAUGCUGUAACAACAGGAAGAGCAGAUGUUUGUGUAUAAGUCUGGUGGUGAACAGUACCAGCUGGUGGAGGGAUUCCCCAAACCCCUGAAGGAUGAGCUGGGGAUCGAAGGACCGCUGGACGCUGCCUUUGUCUGUGGAGAACAUUCCAUUUUGCACGUCAUCAAGGGUGCGGUGCCAACCUUCUUUUGUCAUACAUUUACAUAGAGGGUGCAAUGUAAUGAAUACGACUCUUGUUUCCAUUUGGUGACUUAAUGAAUACGACUCUUGUUUCCAUUUGGUGACUUAAUGAAUACGACUCUUGUUUCCAUUUGGUGACUUAAUGAAUACGACUCUUGUUUCCAUUUGGUGACUUAAUGAAUACGACUCUUGUUUCCAUUUGGUGACUUAAUGAAUACGACUUGUUUCCAUUUGGUGACUUAAUGAAUACGACUCUUGUUUCCAUUUGGUGACUUAAUGAAUACGACUCUUGUUUCCAUUUGGUGACUUAAUGAAUACGACUCUUGUUUCCAUUUGGUGACUUAAUGAAUACGACUCUUGUUUCCAUUUGGUGACUUAAUGAAUACGACUCUUGGUUCCAUUUGGUGACUUAAUGAAUACGACUCUUGGUUUCCAUUUGGUGACUUAAUGAAUACGACUCUUGUUUCCAUUUGGUGACUUAAUGAAUACGACUCUUGUUUCCAUUUGGUGACUUAAUGAAUACGACUCUUGGUUCCAUUUGGUGACUUAAUGAAUAUGACUCUUGUUUCCAUUUGGUGACUUAAUGAAUACGACUCUUGUUUCCAUUUGGUGACUUAAUGAAUACGACUCUUGUUUCCAUUUGGUGACUUAAUGAAUACGACUCUUGUUUCCAUUUGGUGACUUAAUGAAUACGACUCCUGUUUCCAUUUGGUGACUUAAUGAAUACGACUCUUGUUUCCAUUUGGUGACUUAAUGAAUACGACUCUUGUUUCCAUUUGGUGACUUAAUGAAUACGACUCUUGGUUCCAUUUGGUGACUUAAUGAAUACGACUCUUGUUUCCAUUUGGUGACUUAAUGAAUACGACUCUUGUUUCCAUUUGGUGACUUAAUGAAUACGACUCUUGUUUCCAUUUGGUGACUUAAUGAAUACGACUCUUGUUUCCAUUUGGUGACUUAAUGAAUACGACUCUUGUUUCCAUUUGGUGACUUAAUGAAUACGACUCUUGUUUCCAUUUGGUGACUUAAUGAAUACGACUCUUGUCACAUGAGGUCUUCAUACCUCUCCACUGCUCCCUCCCUCCCUCCCUCCCUCCCUCCCUUCCAGGGAACCAGAUGUUUGACAUUGAGCUGACCAGCACUCCAAGAGGUGUGGUCAUGGAGUCCAGGCUGCCGUUCCCCAAGGUGGACGCUGCCGUGUGCAGCCCCGACGGCAUCAGGGUGUUUGUGGGAGCAGAUUACUUCCAGUACGAGACCCCUAUGCUGCUGGCUAACAGCAGGAUCGUGCCUGAGCCACACAAGACAUCACUGGAGAUGUUUGGCUGUGGACACAAUGGGACCAACGUGAGUCAGUCAUUGACUAUGCACGGUCCAAAUCCUUGAGAUAAAUAACUUGAGAUCCAUGCUCUUAAAUCGUGCUGUCAAAUGACCUAGUGGCCUCCUGGGUGGAAUGUUAUUAAAAAAAAAAUGCAUAAUUUCAUAAUUAAUAAACAUAAAGAAAUACAAAUUCUAUGUCAAAGGGUUUUUGUUAUAUUUCAGUCUUCUGUGAUGUAUAUAAAGUGUAAUAUUGGGAUGAAAACUCACAUUUGAAUGCAUUUCAACUCUAUAUCUGACAUGGUACAAGGGGUCUUUUUUUUUUUUUUAAGCCCAUAACCACAUGUGUGAGGUGUAUACUUUUGUUUCAAUGUAGAUUUGUUCAAGACUACCAAGAAACACUCUGUGCGACCCUGAUUUAGCCCACUGCAGUAAAUGGUUAAGGUCAAUGUUAGUUUUGUAGGAAAACUCUAGUCACGCAUGUGGAUCUCAAGUUAAGAUUUCUCCUGAUGAUUUGAUGAGGCAUCGAUUGGGUUAAAUCAGGACUGACGGGACAGUUUCUGAUCACAGGUCCCGAAGUGUGUUUAGUGUUUUCAUUGAGUUGACUUUCACUCAUUAUGUCAUGUCAGUAUUAUAUUUGUAACCAGGAAGAAUGAUCCUACCUCAUAUCCCCACUUCUUCUACUGUUAACUCCAGCUGUUGUUUGUCUGACAUGUUGUCUGUCUGACAUGUUGUCUGUCUGACAUGUUGUCUGUCUGACAUGUUGUCUGUCUGACAUGUUGUCUGUCUGACACGUUGUCUGUCUGACACGUUGUCUGUCUGACAUGUUGUCUGUCUGACAUGUUGUCUGUCUGAAAUGUUGUCUGUCUGACAAGUUGAAGUGUCUGACAUGAACGAAGCAACACAACGAUAAUACUUCUGCUUUUAUUGUGUCCAUGUCUUCCAAUGAAUAGUACACUCAACUCUCCCAAUAUACUUACAGUAUAUUACAGUUCCAAUAUACUUUUGUGUUUCAUACUAUACAUACCCCUGUUCACUAUAGUAAAAAGAUGACAUCAAAGUCAUUCUAAGGGAUCAAAACUAUAUACAAUAAAUUACCAAAAGUAUGUGGACACCUGCUCGUCCAACACCUCAUUCCAAAAUCAUGGGCAUUAAUAUGGAGUUGGUCCCCCCUUUGCUGCUAUAACAGCCUCCACUCUUCUGGGAAGGAUUUCCACUAGAUGUUGUAACAUUGCUGCGGGGACUUGCUUCCAUUCAGCCACAACAGCAUUAGUGAGGUCGGGCACUGAUGUUGGGCGAUUAGGCCUUGGCUCGCAGUCGGCGUUUCAAUUCAUCCCAAAGAUGUUCGAUGGGGGUUGAGGUCAGGCUCUGUGCAGGCCAGUCAAUUUCUUCCACACAAAGCAUUUCUGUAUGGCCCUCUCUUUGUGCACAGGGGCAUUGUCAUGCUGAAACAGGAUAGGGCCUUCCCCAAACUGUUGCCACAAAAAUGGAAGCACAGAAUCAUCUAAAAUGUCAUUGCAUACUGUAGCGUUAAGAUUUCCCUUCACUGGAACUAAGGUGCCUAGCCCGAACCAGGAAAAACAGCCCCAGACGAUUAUUCCUCCUCCACCAAACUUUACAGUUGGCACUAUGCAUUGGGGCAGGUAGCGUUCUCCUGGCAUCCGCCAAAUCCAGACUUGUCCGUCGGACUGCCAGAUGGUGAAGCGUGAUUCAUCACUCCAGAGAAAGCGUUUCCACUGCUCCAGGUUCCAAUGGUGGCGUGCUUUACAGCACUCCAGCCGACGCUUGUUACCUGUAUAAAAGACACCUGUCCACAGAAGCAAACAAUCAAUCAGAUUCCAAACUCUCCACCAUGGCCAAGACCAAAGAGCUCUCCAAGGAUGUCAGGGACAAGAUUGUAGACCUACACAAGGCUGGAAUGGGCUACAAGACCAUCGCCAAGCAGUUUGGUGAGAAGGUGACAACAGUUGGUGCGAUUAUUUGCAAAUGGAAGAAACACAAAAUAACUGUCAAUCUCCCUCGGCCUGGGACUCCAUGCAAGAUCUCACCUCGUGGAGUUGCAAUGAUCAUGAGAACGGUGAGGAAUCAGCCCAGAACUACACGGGAGGAUCUUGUCAAUGAUCUCAAGGCAGCUGGGACCAUAGUCACCAAAAAAACAAUUGGUAACACACUACGCCGUGAAGGACUGAAAUCCUGCAGCGCCCGCAAGGUCCCCCUGCUCAAGAAAGCACAUAUACAGGCCCGUCUGAAGUUUGCCAAUGAACAUCUGAAUGAUUCAGAGGAGAACUGGGUGAAAGUGUUGUGGUCAGAUGAGACCAAAAUCGAGCUCUUUGGCAUCAACUCAACUCGCCGUGUUUGGAGGAGGAGGAAUGCUGCCUGUGACCCCAAGAACACCAUCCCCACCGUCAAACAUGGAGGUGGAAACAUUAUGCUUUGGGGGUGUUUUUCUGCUAAGGGGACAGGACAACUUCACCGCAUCAAAGGGACGAUGGACGGGGCCAUGUACCGUCAAAUCUUGGGUGAGAACCUCCUUCCCUCAGCCAGGGCAUUGAAAAUGGGUCGUGGAUGGGUAUUCCAGCAUGACAAUGACCCAAAACACACGGCCAAGGCAACAAAGGAGUGGCUCAAGAAGAAGCACAUUAAGGUCCUGGAGUGGCCUAGCCAGUCUCCAGACCUUAAUCCCAUAGAAAAUCUGUAGAGGGAGCUGAAGGUUCGAGUUGCCAAACAUCAGCCUCGAAACCUUAAUGACUUGGAGAAGAUCUGCAAAGAGGAGUGGGACAAAAUCCCUCCUGAGAUGUGUGCAAACCUGGUGGCCAACUACAAGAAACGUCUGACCUCUGUGAUUGCCAACAAGGGUUUUGCAACCAAGUACUAAGUCAUGUUUUGCAGAGGGGUCAAAUACUUAUUUCCCUCAUUAAAAUGCUAAUCAAUUUAUAACAUUUUUGACAUGUGUUUUUCUGGAUUUUUUGUUGUUAUUCUGUCUCUCACUGUUCAAAUAAACCUACCAUUAAAAUUAUAGACUGAUCAUGUCUUUGUCAGUGGGCAAACGUACAAAAUCAGCAGGGGAUCAAAUACUUUUUUCCCUCACUGUAUAUAUAAAUAUACAUACAUACAGUGGGGGAAAAAUGUAUUUAGUCAGCCACCAAUUGUACAAGUUCUCCCACUUAAAAAGAUGAGAGAGGCCUGUAAUUUUCAUCAUAGGUACACGUCAACUAUGACAGACAAAUUGAGGAAAAAAAAUCCAGAAAAUCACAUUGUAGGAUUUUUAAUGAAUUUAUUUGCAAAUUAUGGUGGAAAAUAAGUAUUUGGUCACCUACAAACAACCAAGAUUUCUGGCUCUCACAGACCUGUAACUUCUUCUUUAAGAGGCUCCUCUGUCCUCCACUCGUUACCUGUAUUAAUGGCACCUGUUUGAACUUGUUAUCAGUAUAAAAGACACCUGUCCACAACCUCAAACAGUCACACUCCAAACUCCACUAUGGCCAAGACCAAAGAGCUGUCAAAGGACACCAGAAACAAAAUUGUAGACCUGCACCAGGCUGGGAAGACUGAAUCUGCAAUAGGUAAGCAGCUUGGUUUGAAGAAAUCAACUGUGGGAGCAAUUAUUAGGAAAUGGAAGACAUACAAGACCAAUCUCCCUCGAUCUGGGGCUCCACGCAAGAUCUCACCCCGUGGGGUCAAAAUGAUCACAAGAACGUUGAGCAAAAAUCCCAGAACCACACGGGGGGACCUAGUGAAUGACCUGCAGAGAGCUGGGACCAAAGUAACAAAGCCUACCAUCAGUAACACACUACGCCGCCAGGGACUCAAAUCCUGCAGUGCCAGACGUGUCCCCCUGCUUAAGCCAGUACAUGUCCAGGCCCGUCUGAAGUUUGCUAGAGUGCAUUUGGAUGAUCCAGAAGAGGAUUGGGAGAAUGUCAUAUGGUCAGAUGAAACCAAAAUAUAACUUUUUGGUAAAAACUCAACUCGUCGUGUUUGGAGGACAAAGAAUGCUGAGUUGCAUCCAAAGAACACCAUACCUACUGUGAAGCAUGGGGGUGGAAACAUCAUGCUUUGGGGCUGUUUUUCUGCAAAGGGACCAGGACGACUGAUCCGUGUAAAGGAAAGAAUGAAUGGGGCCAUGUAUCGUGAGAUUUUGAGUGAAAACCUCCUUCCAUCAGCAAGGGCAUUGAAGAUGAAACGUGGCUGGGUCUUUCAGCAUGACAAUGAUCCCAAACACACCGCCCGGGCAACGAAGGAGUGGCUUCGUAAGAAGCAUUUCAAGGUCCUGGAGUGGCCUAGCCAGUCUCCAGAUCUCAACCCCAUAGAAAAUCUUUGGAGGGAGUUGAAAGUCCGUGUUGCCCAGCGACAGCCCCAAAACAUCACUGCUCUAGAGGAGAUCUGCAUGGAGGAAUGGGCCAAAAUACCAGCAACAGUGUGUGAAAACCUUGUGAAGACUUACAGAAAACGUUUGACCUGUGUCAUUGCCAACAAUGGGUAUAUAACAAAGUAUUGAGAAACUUUUGUUAUUGACCAAAUACUUAUUUUCCACCAUAAUUUGCUAAUUUUUUUUCCUCUAAGUUUUGAAUCCGCCGUCAUUUUGCGUAUCAGUUCAUAAACACUAUGCCAUGGAAUCGGUUCGUCAAAAAUCUCUUCCCAACUAUUUUGCAAUCUAUAUGGGACGGCUGUCAAUCUUUUGGUCCUUAAUUGAUACUGGUAAACUUUACUAUUUAUCACAAUUUUCUUUAAACAAUGAUGGUCUUUAAUGCAAGGCCGACAGACAAGUUCCUUACUUUUUCCUCCUUCCACUUUCCUCUUCAAUUUUUGCGGUAAUGCUACAAUUAUUUGGUUGUAAUUUUGGGUAGAGCAGACAUUUCCAUAUGUUUUUGUUAGCUGCAUGUGCGACAUAACUCCACCAUUCAUACCGAUAAUAUCAUUUACGAAGAUUAUACUUUUUUUUUUAAUGUUCUAAAAAAGAAAGUUGUUUUAAUCAAUUAGUAUAUUUGAGUUUAACCACAAUAUUUGUUACAAUAUUUUUUCUGUCAUUUCUGGAGGAUUAAAUUGAAAUUGCAACCAACUUUCUAUGGCUUGUUUUAGAAAUAGUUAUAUUUGGGAGAUGAUUUCCUUUUCAAAUACCUGAAAGUGAGGGGUUGUAAUCGGAAUAAAGGGAAAAAGUCCCUUUUUGAACAUUAGGUGAGACAAUCUUACUAGUUUGCUAGAGAACCAGUUCGGAUUUAAGUAUAAUUUUAGUGAUAGGUCUAAUGCUUUAAUAUUUAAUCAUUUCUGUCCUCCUAAUUCAUAUUCAUUAUAUAAAUAGGCCCAUUAAAUUUUGUCUGGCUUGCCGUUCCAAAUAAAAUUGAAUAUUUUUUUCUCAUAUAAUUUUUAAAACUGUUCACUAGGCAUAGGCAAGGCAAGACCAUAAGCAAAUAGGUAAACUGGGAUAAUGCUAAAGAGUUAAUCAGGGUGAUCUUUCCACAAAUUGACAGGUAUUUACCUUUCCAUGGUAGCAAGAUCUUAUCUAUUUUUGCUAACUUUCUAUUUAAUAAAAUUGGAGUGAGAUCAUUUAUUUCAUUUGGGAUAUGUAUUCCGAGUAUAUCCACAUCACCAUCAGACCAUUUUAUUGGUAAACUUUUUUAGUGAUCCGAUACGUAAUAGAGUACAUUUAUCAUAAUUUGGUUGUAAUCCAGAGAGGUUAGAAAAUGUAUCUAGAUCCUCUAUGAGGCUGUGGAGGGAUUCAAGUUGUGGAUUUAAAAGAAAACAUGAAUCAUCAGCGUACAAUGACACCUUUGUUUUUAAGCCCUGGAUAUCUAAUCCCUUGAUAUUAUUGUUGGAUCUGAAUUUAAUAGCUAACAUCUCGAUGGCAAUAAUAAAUAGAUAUGCCGAUAGUGGACAACCUUGUUUCACUCCUCUUGACAGUUUAAACCUUUCUGAGAAAUAGCCAUUAUUUACUAUUUUACACCUAGGGUUACUAUACAUGAUUUUAACCCAAUUUAUAAGAGAUGGUCCAAAAUUGAAAUGCUCCAGGCAUUUAUCUAUAAACCCCAGUCGUACUUUAUCAAAUACCUUUUCGAAGUCUGCUAUGAAUAGCAGGCCUGGCUUCCCAUAUUUUCCAUAGUGUUCUAUUGUUUCCAGUACUUGUCUUAUAUUAUCUCCAAUGUAUCGCCCAUGUAAAAAACCUGUCUGAUUAGAAUGAAUAAUGUCCAACAAUACCUUUUUAAUUCUAUGCGCUAUACAUUUUGCUAGAAUUUUAGCAUCACAACACUGAAGUGUAAGGGGCCACCAAUUCUUUUAAUGGACUGGAUCUUUAUAUUUUCCACUUGUAUCCUGUUUCAGUAAUAAUGAAAUCAGGCCUUCUUCUUGAGUGUCUGAUAAUCUACCAUUUACAUAGGAGUGGUUAAAACAUGCUAAUAACAGUCCUCUGAGUAUAUCAAAAAAGGUUUGGUAUACCUCGACUGAUAUGCCAUCCAACCCUGGAGUUUUCCCGGACUUAAACUCUUUAAUUGCAUUCAGAAGUUCCUCCUCUGUAAUUUCACCUUCACAUGAGUCUUUCUGUAUGGCUGUUAAUUUUACAUUAUCAAUAGAAGAAAAACAUCUCUACAAUUUGCUUCAGUUAGAGGAGAUGGAGGCGACUGAAAUGAAAACAUAUGCUUAAAGUACUUUGUUUUCUCCUUCAAAAUAUCAUUUGGUGAAUCAUGGGUGACUCCGUCAUUUGUAACCAGUUUCAGUAAAUUAUUUUUGGUAGCAUUCCUAUGUUGAAGAUAAAAAAAAUAAUUUGGUGCAUUUUUCCCCAUAUUCCAUCCAGUUUGCUUUAUUUUUAUAACAUAUUACACUUGAUCUUUCUUGAAUAAGUUUCUCCAUUUCUUUUUGUUUUUCCUCUAAUUUAUUCACAGCCUCUAUGUUACAGUUUUUAUUGCUAUCUAUCUGUUAUGUUAGACCUUCUAUUUCCUUUGUUAGUGUGGACUCUUUUGACCUAAAUUGCUUUUGUUUUUGAGAUAAGUACUGAAUUCUGUACCGCAUUCUGUCCCCUAUCAACACUUUUUAAACUUUUGGUGCCAACGAGAAUUACAUAAGAAAGAAGUCAAGACGACUAGCUUGAUUAAGUCUCCGCCAUGUAUAUCUCACUAGAUCAGGAUAUUUAAGCCUCCAUAUAUCUACUAGUUCUAAUGUAUCCAUGACAGUCACGAUUUUCUUAAGAGCAUGUGGGUGAUUGUUUGUAGUGUGAUUUCCUUUACGGUCCAUUGAGCUAUUUAAAACGGCAUUAUAAUCUCCCACCAUAAUAAUAGAGUCUUGAAUUGCUUGCAAGGUCGAUAAUUUAUUAUAUAUAUUUUCAAAGAAGUGUGGAUCAUCAUUAUUUGGUCCGUAAUGGUUAAUGAGCCAUAUUUGUUUAUGGUCCAAUAACAGAUUUAAAAUCAUCCAUCUACCUUGCGUAUCUGUUUGGACAAUUUGCACAUUCGAAUUGAAAUUACUGUUAAUUAAUAUCAUCACCCCUUUUGAGUUUCUUAGCCCAUGGGAGAAGUAUAUUUCUCCCCCCCCCCCCCCCCCCCCCCCCCCCCCCCCCAUUCCCUUUACCACGACAACUUCAUCUAGAAUUGUUGAAUGGGUUUCCUGUAAACAAUAGAUAUUAUAUUCCUUCUCUUUGAGCCAUGUAAAUAUUGUUCUUCUUUUGUUAUUAUCUGCUUAGCCAUUACAAUUAUAACUGGCUAUACUUAUUUCACCACAUACCAUAAUGAGAUACAAGUUUCAAAUCUAUUUGUCAUUAUACAGUGGGGAAAAAAAGUAUUUAGUCAGCCACCAAUUGUGCAAGUUCUCCCACUUAAAAAGAUGAGAGAGGCCUGUAAUUUUCAUCAUAGGUACACGUCAACUAUGACAGACAAAUUGACAUUUCUUUUCUCCAAAAAAUCACAUUAUAGGAUUUUUUAUGAAUUUAUUUGCAAAUUAUGGUGGAAAAUAAGUAUUUGGUCACCUACAAACAAGCAAGAUUUCUGGCUCUCACAGACCUGUAUCUUCUUCUUUAAGAGGCUCCUCUGUCCUCCACUCGUUACCUGUAUUAAUGGCACCUGUUUGAACUUGUUAUCAGUAUAAAAGACACCUGUCCACAACCUCAAACAGUCACACUCCAAACUCCACUAUGGCCAAGACCAAAGAGCUGUCAAAGGACACCAGAAACAAAAUUGUAGACCUGCACCAGGCUGGGAAGACUGAAUCUGCAAUAGGUAAGCAGCUUGGUUUGAAGAAAUCAACUGUGGGAACAAUUAUUAGGAAAUGGAAGACAUACAAGACCACUGAUAAUCUCCCUCGAUCUGGGGCUCCACGCAAGAUCUCACCCUGUGGGGUCAAAAUGAUCACAAGAACGGUGAGCAAAAAUCCCAGAACCACACGGGGGGACCUAGUGAAUGACCUGCAGAGAGCUGGGACCAAAGUAACAAAGCCUACCAUCAGUAACACACUACGCCGCCAGGGACUCAAAUCCUGCAGUGCAAGACGUGUAUAAGGGAUCGGGGUUUGGCUGGAUCUAGACAGAGUCUGACACUUCCCCGAUCUACAGAGAGGGGGAGUCAUCAGACUCGAUCUGUUUCACCUGAGUUCUGAGCACACCUGUCAGUAAUUAGAGUAGGAUAUAAGGUGUGCUCAGAAGUUCAGUCGGUGCGAGGUAUUGUUCCUUUGUGACUUGCUAAGCGUUUUGUUCAGAGAGAGAGAGAGAGAUAGUUUGUUUUUGAUUACCAGUGUACCAGACCUGUGCUUCGUUGUUUGACUCCCCGAAUUGCUUAAUCCUCUGCUUGUCUAUCCCAGUGAUUACCGUACUCUGAACCUGUGCCCGUGCCCUCGACUACGACUACGCCCGCUCCCUUGGUACCUCUGCCAGUCUCUGCCUUGCCCGGUUUUGACCCCAGCUCGCCAGACCACGAUUAAGCUAUUUCCUUGUCUGUACUCGAAUAAUUCUGCGAUUGUAUCUUACCACUCUGUCCGAGUAUUCAUUACAGAAUACCUCGCCAAAACCAUGGAUCCAGCGGAAUUACAGAGGCGAUGGGAGAUACAGGAGAAACGGAUGGAUGAACUCCUGCAACUACUCAACGCUGGUGCGGCUGAAGGCACCACCCCGAGCACAGUCAGUCCUCGUCAUGCACCUCCGAUUUCUCUACCGACUAAGUACGAUGGGGAACCUGGCAAAUGUCAGGGGUUUCUACUUCAGACGUCCCUGUAUAUGUCCUAUAAUCGUACUAUGUUUUCCGAUGACCGUAGCAGGGUGGAUUUCAUGAUUUCUCUGCUAACGGGAAGAGCACUGGAUUGGGCUACUGCGCUAUGGGCAGCUGAGGUCCCCGAGUUGAAUGUGGAAGUUCAGUUUAAGAGACUGUUCCGAGAGGUGUUCGACCACCCAGUAUCUGGGCGUAGCGUGGGAGACCAACUAUGCGAACUUCAGCAGGGCCGUCGCACAGUAGUCGAUUACGCCUUAGAGUUUCGGACUAUAGCAGCUGGUAGCGGCUGGAGCGAGACUGCUUUGCUCACCGUUUUCCGAAGAGGGCUGCGCAAAGAAGUACAGACUGAGUUGGCCUGUCGGGGAGAUAUCACUGCGCUACAUGAAUUUAUCAACAUAGCCAUCUCUAUUGAUAAUUUGAUAGUGCAACACAAGGUAUCCACAGUCCGGGAGCCCUCGGUCACUGGUCCUAAGCAAUCGACAGAGCGGAGGAGAGAAUCUGAGGAGGAACCCAUGCAACUGGGACGGUCGCCCUUACAAAGUUCGGUGAGACAACAACGUCGGCAAGACGGACUAUGCCUGUAUUGUGGUCAGUCGGGUCAUUUCAUUCGUCAAUGUCCGGUUCGACCAAACCGUACCCCAGAAUAUCGCCUCGGAACUGCCAAACCGGUGAGUGAGACUCACGUUUUCAACAUUACAUCUAAACAAAUGUAUGUGCCAGUUACCUUAUCUGUCGGGGAGAAGGUGCGCAGGUUGGAAGGUCUUAUUGAUUCCGGAGCGGCUGCCAGUUUUAUGGAUAUGGGUCUCGCUGAGGAAUUGGGGGUUCAUCUUAUCCCAAUUCAACCUCCCCUGCGAGUCAACGCGCUAGACGGUGAGCCCAUGGGCACUGGGUUCAUUACGCACCGUACAGAGGUAAUAAAGUUACAAGUGGGCUCCAUACACCAUGAGAACAUCAUUCUGUUCGUCAUCUCCGCUCCACGGGAGCCGCUAGUUCUCGGCCACCCCUGGCUCGUCACCCAUGAUCCGGUCAUCUCCUGGAAAUCUGGCGAUAUCACUGCUUGGAGUGAGGUAUGUAGGGCAGAGUGCCUCAAUUUACCGUGCAAAACGUCUACUGUGGAGGAUGCGCAGGGUGCGGUGUCUACUGUUGUUCCAACAGAAUACCAGGAUUACGCGCAGGUGUUCUCCAAGGAGAGGGCUACCGUGUUACCACCUCAUCGGGCCUGGGACUGCGCGAUUGAUCUGCUAUCCGGGGCUACACCUCCUCGUGGAAGAAUCUACCCUUUGUCACAGCCGGAACGAGAAUCGAUGAGCAAGUAUAUUGAUGAGGCGCUACAGCAAGGGGCCAUUCGCCCAUCUACGUCUCCCGCCGCAUCCAGUUUUUUCUUCGUGAAGAAAAAGGAUGGCGGACUGCGUCCUUGUAUACACUAUCGAGGUUUGAACGAUAUUACCAUCAAAAAUCGUUACCCUCUUCCUUUGAUUCCAGCAGCCCUCGAGCAGGUGGGGCAGGCCUCAAUCUACAGUAAACUGGACCUCAGGAGUGCGUACAAUCUGGUGCGCAUUAGAGAAGGGGAUGAAUGGAAGACCGCCUUCAUCACACAUCGAGGACACUAUGAAUAUUGUGUCAUGCCCUAUGGACUUACCAACGCGCCCUCAGUUUUCCAGGCGUUCAUGAAUGACAUUUUCAGGGACUUGAUUGAUCGCUUUGUUAUAGUGUACAUUGAUGACAUCCUAAUCUAUUCUAACUCUCUGAGUGAACAUGUGUCCCAUGUACGACAGGUUCUGGACCGACUCCUACAACAUUCUCUGUUCGUGAAGGCAGAAAAUAGUGAAUUCGAUGUCACUACGAUUUCCUUCCUUGGGGCCAUACUCACUCCCGACGGGGUUAAACUGGAUGGUUUAAGGUGCAAGCGGUACGAGACUGGUCUCGACCCCAGACGGUGAAAGAGCUCCAGAGAUUCUUAGGGUUUGCCAAUUACUAUAGACGGUUCGUGCGUAAUUUCAGCACUACCGCAGCUCCCCUGAAGGCGAUGACCAGCUACAAGGGUCGCGGUUUGAACUGGACGGAGGGGGCAGUGUGUGCUUUUGAGACGUUGAAACAACGCUUUACCACCGCUCCUAUUUAUGUCAGCCGGACCCUACCUUGCCGUUUAUCGUGGAAGUGGACGCCUCGGAGGUUGGAGUUGGAGCCGUGUUAUCCCAGCGCCAAGGUGAGCCGCCUAAAUUACGACCCUGUGCUUUCUUUUCAAGGAAACUGAAUUCGGCCGAGCAGAACUACGACGUGGGUAAUCGUGAAUUACUGGCGGUGAAGUUAGCACUGGAGGAGUGGAGACAUUGGCUGGAGGGAGCAUAUAAUAAUAUAAUAUAAUAAUAUGCCAUUUAGCAGACGCUUUUAUCCAAAGCGACUUACAGUCAUGCGUGCAUACAUUUUUGUGUAUGGGUGGUCCCGGGGAUCGAACCCACUACCUUGGCGUUACAAGCGCCAUGCUCUACCAGCUGAGCUACAGAGGAUCACGUUCCAAGUGCUCACGGACCACCGCAACCUGAAGUAUCUUCACAGUGCUAAACGACUGAACUCCCGACAGGCAAGGUGGUCUUUAUUCUUCAACCGUUUCCGAUUCACUGUCUCUUAUAUCCCCGGGUCCAAGAAUGGGAAGGCGGACGCGCUUUCCAGACGGUUCGAGCGCGCGGAAAGACCCGUGGAACCAGAACCUAUCCUCCCCAUGAGUUGCCGUGCUGGUCCUGUGAGGUGGGCUAUUGAUGACACUAUUCAGGAGAGCCUACAAGCGGAACCAGCCCCUCCAGAAACCCCGGUGUCAAAGGUGUUUGUACCAGCUCCGCUUCGACCUCAACUGAUGGAAUGGUGCCACACGUCGCUGGGAUCUGGUCAUCCCGGAAUCACUCGAACUACACGACUCAUCAGCCAAAAAUACUGGUGGGAUUCCCUCACAGAUGACGUCAGAGACUAUGUCUUAUCCUGCCCAGUAUGUGCUCAGUCCAAGGUACCUCGUGCACUACCGGAGGGUAAGCUGAUGCCAUUGCCAACUCCUCAACGACCCUGGUCGCACAUUGCAAUGGACUUUGUUACAGAUCUACCAGAAUCAGAGGGCCAUACUGUAAUUCUCGUGGUCAUCGAUCGAUACUCCAAGAUGUGCCGGUUAGUACCCAUGACCCGUUUGCCUAACGCCACUCAGAUGGCUGAGACUAUGUUUAACCAGGUGUUCCGGCAGUUUGGUGUUCCGGAGGAUAUUGUUUCCGACCGGGGACCCCAGUUUGUAUCCCGGGUAUGGAAGGCCUUCUGCGAACGCUUGGGCAUCUCGGUGAGCUUAACCUCCGGAUAUCAUCCCCAGGCCAAUGGGCAGACAGAACGGCUCAACCAGGAAAUUGGGAAAUAUCUAUGGCAACAAUGUUCGCGGCAGCCGCAAGAGUGGAGCCGAUUCCUUCCUUGGGUAGAGUAUGCUCAGAACUCACUCAUUCACACCUCCCUACGUCUAACGCCCUUCCAGUGUGUUCUAGGGUAUCAACCACCCCUGUUCCCGUGGGAUACCGCACCAGGGAUGGUACCGGCUGUGGACGAGUGGUUCCGUCUGAGUGCGCAGGUCUGGGAGACGGCCCAUCAACAUCUCAGUCAGGCCUCACAACAGCAAAAGAUCUACGCCGACCGACGCCGGAGACCUACUCCCACUUAUCAAUCUGGGCAACGAGUGUGGCUGUCUACCCGGGACCUGCGGUUCCGACGGAGCUGCUAGAAGCUUCAACUUAGGUACAUCGGGCCUUUCAAGAUACUGAGACGUAUUAACCCUGUCACCUACCAUCUGUUACUUCCCCGACACUACAGGAUAACCCCUACGUUCCACGUCUCCCUGUUGAAACCUGUCCACUAUAGCCCGAUGUACCCCCCAAUCGCUCAACAACCUACUACACCACCUUUGGAGGAUGAACAGGACACCACCUAUACAGUCCACGAGAUACUGGAGUCAAGACGGAGACGAGGGGGCAUCGAAUAUCUCGUGGACUGGGAGGGAUAUGGACCUGAGGAACGGUCCUGGAUCCCUGCGAAGGACAUACUGGAUCCCGCUCUCAAGGCCACAUUCCACGCUGAACACCCAGAUCAUCCAGGACCCCGACCCAGAGGAAGACCACCCGGUAGAGGUAGAAGGCUGUCAGGAGCCGGCCCUGGGGAGGGGGAUACUAUAAGGGAUCGGGGUUUGGCUGGAUCUAGACAGAGUCUGACACUUCCCCGAUCUACAGAGAGGGGGAGUCAUCAGACUCGAUCUGUUUCACCUGAGUUCUGAGCACACCUGUCAGUAAUUAGAGUAGGAUAUAAGGUGUGCUCAGAAGUUCAGUCGGUGCGAGGUAUUGUUCCUUUGUGACUUGCUAAGCGUUUUGUUCAGAGAGAGAGAGAGAGAGAUAGUUUGUUUUUGAUUACCAGUGUACCAGACCUGUGCUUCGUUGUUUGACUCCCCGAAUUGCUUAAUCCUCUGCUUGUCUAUCCCAGUGAUUACCGUACUCUGAACCUGUGCCCGUGCCCUCGACUACGACUACGCCCGCUCCCUUGGUACCUCUGCCAGUCUCUGCCUUGCCCGGUUUUGACCCCAGCUCGCCAGACCACGAUUAAGCUAUUUCCUUGUCUGUACUCUAAUAAAGCAUCGCAAUUCUGCGAUUGGAUCUUACCACUCUGUCCGAGUAUUCAUUACAACGUGUCCCCCUGCUUAAGCCAGUACAUGUCCAGGCCCGUCUGAAGUUUGCUAGAGUGCAUUUGGAUGAUCCAGAAGAGGAUUGGGAGAAUGUCAUAUGGUCAGAUUAAACCAAAAUAGAACUUUUUGGUAAAAACUCAACUCGUCGUGUUUGGAGGACAGAGAAUGCUGGGUUGCAUCCAAAGAACACCAUACCUACUGUGAAGCAUUGGGGUGGAAACAUCAUGUUUGGGGCUGUUUUUCUGCAAAGGGACCAGGACGACUGAUCCGUGUAAAGGAAAGAAUCUAUCUAAUAUCUAUCUAUUAUAUAUAUAUCAAAUCUAUUUGUCAUUAUAUAUGUUUGUACAUUUACCAAUAGAAAAUACCAUAGUGAUUGAGUGUCCAUAUAGCUGUACCAUGAUAUUUGCAAUGUUACUAAAUAACCCUCCAAUUGUUCUCCAAUAAUUCCCCCGCUAAAACCCCUCCCCAUCCCAUGUUGGGCCGUUAUCCCAGUGAUCAGCAUACCACCCCUGUCCCCCCGGAUCUCUAGGCCCCCGAGGGGCCAGGACCCAUCCAUCGAAAACAUCACAUAGUGCCACCCACAAAACAGAAGCAGGUCAACCGCCAAAAGCAUUUCCAAUGCUCUCACCUCAAUAUAUAUGUAGCUAUUUAAAAAAAUAUCUAUUCAAAUAUCUUGCAUAUCUUAUUUUCCAUCAUUAUCAAUUAAUGUGCGUAAUAAUGUCGGCAUUCAUGCGUAGGAUUUGAACCUAUAACCCGAAUUUCCAUUGUAUUACAUUACAUUUUUAACAAGCAACUACCACUUCAUGUAUAUAUAUGUUCAGGCUGCAUAUAGGCAAUUCACAGCAGGUCCAUAAAACAGAUGGGAACUUCUCUUUGGUGUAUGGGUCACUCAGGUGGGUGUCCAGGAUAUAGGGUUGGGGAUCGUUCCAUCAUGAUAGGACAAUAAAGAAAUAGAUUAGAUGGAUACUAUAUUUUAAAAUGUAUAUCCCUCAUCUACACAACAUUGAAAGCUCCCUCUCACAACCCCUGCUCAUAGACACGCGUUGGUUCUGGGAUAUGCAACCAUUUCCCCUCUCACUCACUUAACGCCUGACUUUUCCAAACACAAAAACGCACUCCACAUGGCUGAUUGCGGAGGAUAGAGGCCGAGCGCGCGCCUGCAUCCCACACCUGCCACAAGGGGGAAAGGAUGCCAGGGAGAACACAGGACCAACCACAACAACCGUCCGCCAAAACAACAAUUGCCUGCCAAAAAUGCAAUGUUCUAAUUAGUUGUAUUUGAAGAUGUAUUAUUAUGCUUGUUAUUUUUUCUUGUUAUAUCGUCUUAUCCUAUUAUAAAAUACUAUACAUGUUCUUUAAUAUUACAAUCCCUACCAUGGCUAGUAUUGGGUGUUCCAUUAUUCGACUCCUCUAUUAGAACUUUCAGAAUAGCCAUGGAGUAGUCUUUGUGUCUCGGAACAUUUGGUUGUCAAUAUACAGUUUAUCGACAACGAGUGCCUCACGUUUCCCUUGUAAUCUAUUUUCCUUGAAGAUUGGAUACAGAAGUUUGCGCCUUUCUGCAAUCUCCCUUGGAAACUGAUCAUUCAUGCCUAUUUUCGUGCCAGCAAGUCUUUUACCUAGGCUUUUAACCAUUACAUUAUCCUUAAAGAAAGCACAUUUGGCAACGAUUGGACGCUCGUAUUUCUGUCCUCUUUGUCCGAAACGGUGUACACUUUCGAGUUGGAUUUUAUCGACAGCCUCGAGUGGAAUCUGCAGCGCUGUAAGAAGGAAGUCCUUCACAAUAUUCUCAGUUACUUCGCCCUCUUUUUCCUGAAUACCCGUAAGUACUAGAUUUUCUCUCAUCGAUCUAGUUUGGAUGUCUAGUAAGGCUUCUCUCAGAAGGUUGUUCUCCUUGUUUAGUUCCCUAACGUCCGUUUCCAUAGUUACUGUCACCUUUUAAUGUUUUGGUUUCUUUCUCCAUUAUCGCAGCUUUUUCGUCGCUCAUUUCAAGACUCGCUUUCAACUCCUUUACAUCCUUACUGACCAACUCCAGUAUGCCCAGUUUGUCAUUUAUCGACUUCAACAGGUCGCUUUCCACACUUACCAGACCCAGUGGUGAAAAGCAUAAAUCAUCUGUAUCAGUCGACGAGUCGCGUUUUCUCUUGGGGAUUGGUUCUCCUCAGUUUAUCUUCCGCCAUGUUUGGGUGUUGCGUGUUGUUGUAAUAUUUGUCGAUAUAUUUCUCUAGCCUUAUGAUUUGUUUUGUGUUAUUAUCCAGAUUGAAUUUGAUUAACUGCGAAUAUAUGAAAUGCUAAUAUUUAGUCUAACUUACUAAUUUUGAAUAUUAUGUUUUUAUCUUGAGGUGAUUUGUACCCCCCCUGUCUAUUCAAUACACCAUCUUGUCUAUGCCUACGAUAGAUUAAGAGUUAGAUAAACUUUGAUUUUUCAGCAAGGACAUACACAGGAUACUACCCUCCACAACAUAACCUUCACUCCAAAUCAAAACUCUAAACCUACAACCUUAUUUUGGACAACAUUACCUGGAAGGAUUCCUACUACCAGAGAUCCAAUCUAUACUGCAAAUGCUCUGCCAAACAAACAACAGAAACCUGAAAACUAAGUGAGUAAUGUUUAGGCUGAAGCUACUUUUACAACCAAGAAGAAAAAUACACCACAAUGAUAUAUUUUACUUUAUAUUGACUGAAGGCUAUGUUAAGGCUACCAAGCUUGCUAGGACAGUAUAUCUGACUGCAACUUCAAUUAGCACUGAGGUGUGAAGAGAGAGGUGUCGAAGCCCUUCAGCCCAACAAUGGCAGGAGAGUUCCACAGCCUACCCCACCUAAAUGCAGUAACUCAGGAUAUUAGACAACAAGGACUCUGAGUCAGCCAAUAUAAAUCUGGAACAGUAUUCGUAGAGGGCAACACCAAACAGUUUCUGCUGGACUUUCACCUAAUCAAAGAAAUAGCUCAGCAGGAGAAGCUCUCCUUUGAGAAAGAUACCCCCACACGAGCGGGUCAGACCAGACCUCGUCAUUGUAUAACUCCACAGACGAUCAACCCCAAACGGAAAGUAAACCUGCCAGCACAGAGUACUACUCCCUCAUUGAAAUGAAGGAUACAUUCACCCAGCUGGAGGUAAGGCACGUGAAGCUGGAACAGCAGGUGAACACACUCCAGUUAGCACAGACCCAGACAACAGUCCAGCACAACAACACCCCCUUAACUAGACCUGGAGAGCUGCAGGUAGAGAGAGACAUGUCUGCACUCUGGACUGUGGUGAGACAACAUCAACAGGAGAAAGAGCAGGAGCAGGAGAAGAACAGAGCACUAGAGGAGAGGAUCAGAGUGCUGGAGGAGAAGGUGAGAACGAUGACUGAGAACAACCCAUUAGUGAGCUGGCCACGCCCACAGAGAAGCCAGCAGAACAGCCCACCCUAGACCCUGACCAUAGCCUCGACAUUACAGCCAGAUAAACAAAUGAAGAACCCAAGCCCAGGGGAUCCCACCCCCUCAGAGCACCCCCCGUCAGCCACCCUGAUAGACCUCCUGACGACCCCCCCCCCCCCCCCCCCCCCCCACACCCACUGAGGACACACACAAGCCACAUAUUGUACACCUUAUGGACUCAAACGGGAAAUACAUACAAGAAAAUAAACGUUUCCCCAAACACAGUGUCUAAACUCUGGUGUCCAAACACCCAGCGCGCCCUAGACCUUCUGUCUGAGGACCGACUAGGAUCACCCAGCCACAUAAUAAUACACACAGGCACAAACGACCUGAGAACACAGCAGGAAAGGGUGGCCAAAGCACUCAAAGGAGUGAUUGAAAAAGCUUAUUCUACUUUCCCCAACGCACAAGUGGUUAUCUCCACCCUGCUACCAUGAAAAUACUUCCAUCCUGCUACCAUACAGUGGGUAAACACAAGUAUUUCCCGUGACUGUGCCUCAAAACCAAAUAUCUACCUGGCCCACCACUCCACCCUGGACGUGAACAGCCUUUAUGACCAGGUCCACCUAUACAAGGCAGCAGUGCCCACCUUCGCCCGGACCCUAAAGGACAUCGCCCUCAACCGCAGCCCCAAAACCUCACACAGGAGCAACAGAUCAACAGACACCCCACCCAGAUCAGCGAGACACUCUCCCAGACCUGCGGGACAUCCCCGCGGACCUACACAUAGAGGACACACGCCGAGAGGACCUACAUCCAGACCACAGCACCACCAGCCACAUCCACACCCCCACCUCGACCAUGCCCACACCCCAUCUAGGCCCCUUCAGAUCAGACCUAUACCCCUCCUACCCACCCCAUGCCCUCCACUCCCGCAAAGAGGGCCUCAACAUGAAAGUCACACAUACUCCCAGGCCGUGAGCAGGCAAACAGGCCCAAGCCAAUGGCAUGUACCAGAUGCUCAGCAGCUCUGCUCACACUUACUGGUCUGAGGCCAAACCACACGACUAACAACAUUGGACACUUUAUGGAGCACAAAGCCUUCACUAUCUUAUCCUGGAAUAUCCAAGGCCUGAGGUCAUCUGCCUUUGGCCUAAAGAGCAGGGACCUGGACUUCACCAAAGAAAGCAUCCUACAAGAAACAUGGUAUAGAGGAGAUGGACCCACUGGUUGCCCUCUAGGUUACGGAGAGCUGGUAGUCACAUCCACCAAACUACCAGGUGUGAAACAGGGAAGGGACUCAGGGGGUGUGCUAAUUUGGUAUAGAGCAGACCUAACUCACUCUAUUCAAAUAAUCAAAACAGGAACAUUUUACAUUGGGCUAGAAAUUCAAAAGGAAAUUAUCUCAACAGAGACAAAUGUCCUCCUGUGUGCUACCUAUAUCCCCCCACUAGAAUCCCCAUACUUUAAUGAAGACAGCUUCUCCAUCCUGGAGGGGGAAAUCAAUCACUUCCAGGUCCAGGGACAUGUACUAGUCUGUGGCGACCUAAAUGCCAGAACUGGACAAGAACCUGACACCCUCAGCACACAGGGGGACAAACACAUACCUGGAGGUGACAGCAUUCCCUCCCCCAUAUGCCCCCCUAGGCACAACUACGACAACAUAACCAACAAAAACGGGUCACAACUCCUGCAGCUCUGUCGCACGCUGGGUAUGUACAUAGUCAGUGGUAGGCUUCGAGGUGACUCCUACAGUAGGUACACCUAUAGCUCAUCUCUUGGCAGUAGUGCUGUAGACUACUUUAUCACUGACCUAAACCCAGUGUCUCUCAGAGCGUUCACAGUCAACCCCUAUCAGAUCACAGGAAAAUCACAGAGCAAUACUCAAUCAUGAGGCAUCAAAGCUAAAGGAACUGAAUAAUAUUAAGAUAUGCUAUAGAUGGAAGGAAAGUAGUGUAGAAACCUACCAAAAAACAAUUAGGCAACAACAAAUUCAAUCCCUUUUAGACAACUUCCUGGACAAAACGUUUCACUGUAAUAGUGAAGGUGUAAACUUGGCAGUAGAAAACCUAAACGGUAUAUUUGACCUCUCAGCUUCCCUAUCAAAUCUAAACAGAAACAGAAAACAAAACAAAAUUAACAACAAUGACAAAUGGUUUGAUGAAGAAUGCAAAAACCUAAGAAAGAAAUUGAGAAACCUAUCCAACCAAAAACAUAGAGACCCAGAAAACCUGUACAGCAGGCUCGUACAUUUCCUCAGUGAAAACAAUGUAGUGAGCAAAUGUGAAAUUGGCUUUUUACCAAAUUACCGUACGACAGACCACGUAUUCACCCUGCACACCCUUAUUGAAAAACAAACAAAACAAAACAAAGGCAAAGACUUCUCAUGCUUUGUUGAUUUCAAAAAGCUUUUUACUCAAUUUGGCAUGAGGGUCUGCUAUACAAAUUGAUGGAAAGUGUUGUUGGGGGAAAAACAUACGACAUUAUAAAAUCCAUGUACACAAACAACAAGUGUGCGGUUAAAAUGGGCAAAAAACGCACACAUUUCAUUCCACAGGGCCGUGGGGUGAGACAGGGAUGCAGUUUAAGCCCCACCCUCUUCAACAUAUAUAUCAACGAAUUGGCGAGGGCACUAAAACAGUCUGAAGCACCUGGCCUCACCCUACUAGAAUCUGAAGUCUUCUGUUUGCUGAUGAUCUGGUGCUUCUGUCCCCAACCAAGGAGGGCCUACAGCACCACCUAGAUCUUCUGCACAGAUUCUGUCAGACCUGGGCCCUGACAGUAAAUCUCAGUAAGACAAAAAUAAUGGUUUUCCAAAAAAGUUCCAGUUGCCAGGACCACAAAUACAAAUUCCAUCUAGACACCCUAGAGCACACAAAAAACUAUUCAUACCUUGGCCUAAACAUCAGCGCCACAGGUAACUUCCACAAAUCUGUGAACGAUCUGAGAGACAAGGCAAGAAGGGCCUUCUAUGCCAUCAAAAGGAACAUAAAAUUCGACAUACCAAUUAGGAUCUGGCUAAAAAUACUUGAAUCAGAUAUACAACCCAUUGCCCUUUAUGGUUGUGCGGUCUGGGGUCCGCUCACCAACCAAGAAUUCCCACAAUGCAACAAACAACAAAUUGAGACUCUGCAUGCAGAAUUCUGCCAAAAUAUCCUCUGUGUACAACAUAAAACACCAAAUAAUGCAUGCAGAGCAGAAUUAGCCCGAUACCCGCUAAUUAUCAAAAUCCAGAAAAGAGCCAUUAAAUUCUGCAACCACCUAAAAGGAAGCGAUUCCCAAACCUUCCAUAACAAAGCCAUCACCUACAGAGAGAUUAACCUGGAGAAGAGUCCCCUAAGCAAGCUGGUCCUGGGGCUCUGUUCACAAACACAAACAGGACAGCAACACAAUUAGACCCAACCAAAUCAUGAGAAAACAAAAAGAUAAUUACUUGACACAUUGGAAAUAAUUUUCAAAACAACAGAGCAAACUAGAAUGCUAUUUGGCCCUAAACAGAGUGUACACAGUGGCAGAAUACCUGACCACUGUGACUUACCCACAAUUAAGAACAUCUUUGACAAUGUACAGACACAGUGAGCAUAGCCUUGCUAUUGAGAAAGGCCGCCGUAGGCAGACCUGGCUCUCAAGAGAAGACAGGCAAUGGGCACACUGCCCACAAAAUGAGGUGGAAACUGAGCUGCACUUCCUAACCUCCUGCCAAAUGUAUGACCAUAUUAGAGACACAUAUUUCCCUCAGAUUACACAGACCCACAAAGAAUUCGUAAACAAACCCAAUUUGGAUAAACUCCCAUAUCUACUGGGUGAAAAACCACAGUGUGCCAUCACAGCAGCAAGAUUUGUGACCUGUUGCCACAAGAAAAGGGCAACCAGUGAAGAACAAACACCAUUGUAAAUACAACCCAUAUUUAUGUUUAUUUAUUUUCCUUUUUGUACUUUAACUAUUUGCACAUUGUUAGAACACUGUAUAUAUACAUAAUAUGACAUUUGAAAUGUCUUUAUUCUUUUGGAACUUCUGAGUGUAAUGUUUCCUGUUAAUAUUUAUUGUUUAUUUCACUUUUGUUUAUUAUCUAUUUCACUUGCUUUGGCAAUGUUAACAUACGUUUCCCAUGCCAAUGAGAGAGAGAGAGAGAGAGAGAGAGAGAGAGAGAGAGAGAGAGGCCACACGGUCACUGACUUUGCUUGGUUCACCUUGGAUCCACAGGGUAAGAGAGCAAGAGAGUGAGAGAAAGAGGCCGCACGGUCACUGACUUUGCUUGGUCCACAGGGUAAGAGAGAGAGAGAGAGUAUUCAUCCUCCUUGGCGUUUUUCCUAUUUUGUUGCAUUACAACCUGUAAUUUAAAUGGAUUUUUAUAUGGAUUUCAUGUAAUGGACAUACACAAAAUAGUCCAAAUUGGUGAUUUUUUUUUAAUAGAAAAUAAAUAACGGAAAAGUGGAGCGUGCCCCUAAAUAAGAUAAGGUGCAACCAAUUACCUUCAGAAGUCACAUAAUUAGUUAAAUAAAAUCCACCUGUGUGCAAUUUAAGUGUCACAUGAUCUGUCACAUGAUCUCAGUAUACAGACACCUGUUCUGAAUGAUUUGGGACUGGACCGGAGGUUCACCUUCCAGCAGGACAAUGACCUUAAGCAUACAGCUAAAGCAACACUUGAGUGGUUUAAGGGGAAACUUAAAUGUCUUGGAAUGGCCUAGUCAAAGCCCAAUCCAAUUGAGAAUCUGUAGUAUGACUUAAAGAUUGCUGUACACCAGCGGAAUCCAUCCAAUUUGAAGGAGCUGGAGCAGUUUUGCCUUGAAGAAUGGGCAAAAAUCCCAGUGGCUAGAUGUGCCAAGCUUAUAGAGACAUACCCCAAGAGACUUGCAGCUGUAAUUGCUGCAAAAGGUGGCUCUACAAAAUAUUGACUUUAGAGGGGUGAAUAGUUAUGCAUGCUCAGGUUUUCUGUUUUAUUUUUGUCUUAUUUCUUGUUUGUUUCACAAUAGAAAAUAUUUUGCAUCUUCAAAGUGGUAGGCAUGUUGUGUAAAUCAAAUGUUACAAACCCCAUGUUAUUAGGCAACAAAAUAGGAAAAAUGCCAACGGGGAUUAAUAGUUUCGCAAGCCACUGUAGAGGCCGCACAGUCACUGAAUUGGCUUGGCUCACCUUGGGGUCAACAGGGUGGGUGGGUGGGUGGUGGGGGGGUGGGUUGGGUGGGUGGGUGGGUGGGUGGGUGGGGUGAGAGAGAGAGAGAGAGAGAGAGAGUAGAGAUAUCUCGAGACUCAUCCUUCGUUCGAGCUUCUCCGAUCUCUAAUCCUCUGCUCUCUCUCCUCGCUGCUCUCUCUAGCAUAUCACGCCUCUCUCGCGCGCUCGCUCGCUCUCUACUCUCUAUCUCUCUCUCUCGAGGGGAGAGAGAGUUGCUGGCUCGAGAGAGAUUGCACGGUCACUGACUUUGCUUGGUCCACAGGGUGAGAGAGAGUUUAAGGGAGAGUUUUAGUUUUAUAAACCCUUUACUUCAUACUUAAUUCUUAACACAAAUAAUGGCACACUAUUCAUUUACUAUUAACAGUACUAAUAACAGUACUAAUGACAGUACUAAUGACAUCAAGGGUUGUUAGUAGUUGUAAUUGUAUUUGUUAUUUUGAUUUGAUUUAACAGACAGUGUUGUUGUUUGUUUUGAAUGCAUGAAUCACUAUGUGAGUCAUGAGUCCAAAGGGGGAAUCACCAGUCCCCUGGGGCCCUUUUGUAAAUAUGCUAAUUUAUUUUCUUCACAUGCCUGCCAGUAAAAGAAAAAAUAUAUGUUGAUAAUGGUUGACAGUUACUCCAAAUGGAAUGAAAGAAUGGUUUUCUGAUCCACACCCCUAAUUUAUUUUUAUUUUUAAGUUAUCUGUGACCAACAGAUGCAUAUCUGUAUUCCCAGUCAUGUGAAAUCCAUAGAUUAGGGCCCAAUUAAUUUAUUUCAAUUGACUGAUUUCCUUCUAUGAACUGUAACUCAGUUAAACAUUUUGAAAUGAUUGCAUAUUGUGUUUAUAUUUUUGUUCAGUGUAACAUGGAAUAUUGGUAGUAGCAAUCUGAAUGAUUCUAAACCUUCUACCAACUCCCCUGGUGAUAAUGCUGCCAAAUAUUUUAUGCUGAACAGGAAAUUACCGUGUUGGGACAAAGCCAGAUACUUAUCCCUCAUUGGUUGCUUUGGUCAGGGUUACCAGGUGUAACACAAAAAUUGUUCCAAUGACCACUCAAAACCUACCCACAAGGCCUGAAAACUAGCCCAAAAUGUGUUUGCCACAGCAAGACAGGAGUUGCCACAUUUAUCUAAUAUGUGUCUCCAUAGUGACAAUUUAAAUUCAAAUGGUAAAAUUCCUUUACCUUGUCCUCUACAUGUCUUUAUUAUCGAUUCAUUACACCAAAUUACUUAAUCUGAACAAUAUAAGUGAUUGAUAGUGAAUGGUAAAAAUGCAUGUUUUUUCAGAAAACAUUAUUGUGAAAGGGUGUUAAUGUAAGUCAUAUUGCUCUACAAAUAAUCAUAUUUUCAACAGGAGUAUACAACUCUAAAAGCCCCAACAGUUUGCUUUUUUGAUUUAUUUUAUUUCAUAACAAAUGUCAAUUAAUGUCUGUCCCAGUCGUCCAUCCCUCUGGAGCAAGAUGGACAGGAAGGAGAGGAGAUCCAUCAUGAGUCCAGUACAGUUUAGAUAGUCAGUAAUGGAGUUAAUCAGUUCCUCACCUCCCUCUCUCUCACUUUUGGGAAGCAAGAGACUCUAAAGUCUCUCUCUUAGAUCUUCUCUCGCUCCCUAUAUCCUCUCUGUCUCUCAUGUCUCUGUCUCUAUUCUGUCUCUAUCUCUCUCUCUCUCUCACUAUCUGCUCUCUCUCAUCCCUCUGUCUCUAUCUCGUCUCUCUAUCGUCUCUCUAGCUCGCUACGCUCUCUCUCUAUCUCUAUGUCUCUCUCUCUGAGAUCGCAUCUCUCUCUCUCUCUCUCUCUGACUCUCUCUCUCUCUCUCUCUUAUCUCUCUCUCUCUCUUAUCUCCUCUCUCUCGUCUCUCUUCGGUCUCUGUCCCUCUCUUCUGGUCUCUCUCUCUUUCUCUCUCUUCUCUAUCUCUCUUCUGCUCUCUCUGUCUCUCUGUCUCUCUGUCUCUCGUCUCUCUCUCUCUCUCUCUUCUCUCUCUGUCUCUCUCUCUCCUCUCUCUCUCUCUCUCUCUCUCUCUCUCUCUCUCUCUCUCUCUCUCUCUCUCUCGCUCUCUCUCUCUCUCUCCUCUCUCUCUCUACAUCUAAAAGAACAGCCUAAGUUAUAUGCAUAUUUGCUACAGUCUGUCAUGUCCACACCGAUGUUGACAUGAGAGAGGGGCCAGAAAAUGUAGCCAAACUUUAAAUGGACUUUUUUUAUUUACCGAAAUAUAAGCUAAACGCCAGUCAUGUUUGACAGUUAUAAUGUAAGAUAAUUCAAAUUAAGGUCUGAAGUCUUGAUUCUGUGGACAUACUCGAGGCACAGUUCAUUCAGAUCCAAUGGUCACAAGAGCACAGAAAAAGGCCCAGUUCCUGUUACGCCACACACCAACCACCUUCACAAUCUUAGCGGAGGCAGUCAGCAUUCACAAUCCUAGUCGUAUUAGCAACCAAUGUUGAAUGUUGCAUCUGUACAUUUCCCCUCUUUCUAAAUCACUAACGGAUAUUUUAAUCUCUGUCACAUGAAACCUCUUGCAUGUGUGGUAGUCUUUUUAGAGUGUGUUACAGCUAAUUGCAUGGCUUACUACCAUGUGCACAUUGCUGAGUUUAUAUUGUGAUGAAAUAAUAGUUCAUCAACAUUUUAAGCUAAAUGUUAUGAUCCGUUGCAUCAGCCUCAUUGCUUUAUACAUUUACGUUUAUGUACAGUCAAAUCAAAUCAAAUCAAAUUUUAUUGGUCACAUGCGCCGAAUACAACAGCUGCAGACAUUACAGUGAAAUGCUUACUUACAAGCCCUUAACCAACAGUGCAUUUAUUUUAAACAAAAAAAGUAAAAAUAAAACAACAACAAAUAAAGUGUUGAGAAAAAAAAGAGCAGAAGUAAAAUAAAGUGACAGUAGGGAGGCUAUAUAUACAGUAAAAUAAAGUGACAGUAGGGAGGCUAUAUAUACAGGGGGGUACCGGUGCAGAGUCAAUGUGCGGGGGGCACCGGCUAGUCGAGGCCUAGUGGUAUGAUUUAUCAUCCCAGAACUGUCAACCGGGACAUAUCCCCGGGACAUAUCACCGGGACAUAUCACCGGGACAUAUCCCCGGGACUACAGGACACCCUGGCAAUAUAGCAUACCCCAGAGAGAAAGCACAUCAUUCGAUCCUCUCUCUCCUCUCUCUCUCUGAAACUGUUGAAUGAUUAUUUCUCAGUUUCUCUCCCUUUCUGUGUUGGCUCUAGCAAACGCAGCCCCCUGCCGCCUGCUGCAGCUCUCUCAGUCACUCAGUCACUCAGUCACUCAGUCACUCAGUCACUCAGUCACUCAGCAGCAGGUCACAGUGAAAUUAAUUUGGCGGACACGAUGCAAUUUAGAAGUAGCACCAUAAAACCCGCAACUCACGAUCCAAUACAUUUUCACCCUCGACAUUUGUUUUCAAAGUAGCCCAAUAUGCAUGAAAACUGCGGACAUGGCAAAACCAUGGCUUCAAUAAAAGUCAACGAGAUUGAGUGUAGAUUGUGUGGAAUGAGGUGUAGGCAGAAACCGAAGCCAUGGCAGGGCCAGGCUGCGCAGAGGCCCCUGCUGCCAGAUUGAACACUGGCCCACCAAAGCCAUGGCAGGGCCAGGCUGCGCAGAGGCCCUGCUGCCAGAUUGAACACUGGCCCACCGAAGCCAUGGCAGGGCCAGGCUGCGCAGAGGCCCCUGCUGCCAGAUUGAACACUGGCCCACCGAAGCCAUGGCAGGGCCAGGCUGCGCAGAGGCCCCUGCUGCCAGAUUGAACACUGGCCCACCGAAGCCAUGGCAGGGCCAGGCUGCGCAGAGGCCCCUGCUGCCAGAUUGAACACUGGCCCACCGAAGCCAUGGCAGGGCCAGGCUGCGCAGAGGCCCCUGCUGCCAGAUUGAACACUGGCCCACCCAAUCAAAAAGGUUUGCUAGUUUGAAUCCCCGAGUUGCCUAGAUGAAAAACCUGUCGAUGUGCCCUUGAGCAAGGCACUUACCCUAUUUGCUGCAAAAGAGUUUCGACUAAAAUGUUACAUUUGUUGUUUGGGUUUUCUCUACAACUUUUACACAUUUCCCAGAGGCCACCGUGGAAGGCUAAUCUGUUAUAGAGGGAUUGGAAGCACCUUCGAGGGGGGAGGUCAGGAAUUCCCUUCCCUUAUGGAAGUUUUGGACAGCUGUAGCCCUGACAUGUUCCCUAACAUCAAUAGACUACCAAGGGCCAUCAUCACCCUUCCUAUGACUUCGUGUAGUGUUGAGAGACUCUCCUCCACUAGAGGCCGUAUCAAAACAUCCAUCAGAUAUUGCAUGCUGACUGCACGUCUCUCAACAACUUAGCCCUGUUGUCCUUUAAAAGGAACCUCUGUGACCGUUUGGGGCUACGAUGAAAUAACCUCCAUCUUCAACAACAAGCCUGGGCGUCUACCCCCCCAUUUUCCUGUAGCAUGUGAAACGCACAAGAAAGGUAAGCCCGAACACUGUUUCUGAUUUAGCCUGAUGUUGUCAUGCCUGCCUUGGUAGGCCUGGUCUAUGUUAGCUGAGUGCAGUGAGCUGGUGUAUUCGUACCCGCCGUGGUACUAUGUAUGAUGUUUUUAUGUCUGAAAUGCCUGUACUGUAGCGUCUGCUUAUUCAAAGUGAGCUAUUCAUUUCACACCCACCGUACAGUUCAAGAUGUAGGGAUGUAGCUCAGUUAGUAGGUGUUUGCAACGCCAGGGUUGUGGGUUCGAUUCCCAUGGGGGGGCCAGUAUGAAAAAAUAUAAAAUAAUGUAUGCACUAACUGUAUGUCGCUCUGGAUAAGAGCGUCUGCUAAAUGACUAAAAUGUAAAUGUAAAUAUAUGUCUAAAGUCAUUGUAAUGUAUUGUGUGUGGCUGUUUUCAUAUGGCAUGUGCAAUAAGCCGUUUGCUGAUGUCUGGCCGAUGCGCUGACCAUGGUCCUGAAUCCAACCUGUUGUGCCUAGAUUGGAUUGGAUUCUAGGUUGAAGAGUCACAUGCACAGAGUUGCAGAUGUAAUUACAGGCUACAGUAAAAACCUUCAUGUCCGAAUUCCAACAGAGAGAGAAAUAAAAACAAUACAAGUAAUAAUAAAGAAUACAAAUAAAAUAUAUACAUAUUAACACUGUAACAACGGUAAAUAUAUACAUAUUAACACUGUAACAAUGUUAAAUAUAUACAUAUUAACACUGAAACAACUGUAAAUAUAUACAUAUUAACACUGAAACAACGGUAAAUAUAUACAUAUUAACACUGUAACAACAUAGCUGAUAAGUGGUAGCUAUCCAGCAUGUUAAUGUCCAUUGGGGUGGGGGCAGGGUAAGAUAUCCGUUCCCAGAAAAUGUCCGUAGUGGGAGUAGCUGGCAUCUUCUUGGCCUUUCCUGCGACACCCGGUGGUGUAGGUGUCCUGGAGGCCAGGGAGUGUGCACCCAGUGGUGUCCUGGAGGCCAGGGAGUGUGCACCCAGUGGUGCGUUCUGCUGCGCGUACCACCCUCUGUAGCGCCUUGCGGUCAGCGGCAGUGGAGUUGCCGAACCAGGCUGUGAUGCAGCCCGACAGCGAGGGCCCUUGGGGACAAGACACAUUUAUUCAACAUCCUGAGGUUGAAGAGUCGCUGUCGUGCCUUCUUCACCACGGUGUCCGUGUGGUUUGACCAUUUCAGCACCUCUGUCUCCACGACAGCCCUGUUGAUGAGGAUGGGGGGCGUGUCCGGCCUGGUUCCUCCUGAAGUCCACAAUCAGCUCAUUUGUUUUGCUGACGUUGAGGGAGAGGUUGUUUUACAUGGCACCACGCCGUCAGACUGACGUUGAGGGAGAGGUUGUUUACCUGGCACCACGCCGUCAGACUGACGUUGAGGGGAGAGGUUGUUUACCUGGCACCACGCCGUCAGACUGACGUUGAGGGGAGAGGUUGUUUACCUGGCACCACGCCGUCAGACUGACGUUGAGGGAGAGGUUGUUUACCUGGCACCACGCCGUCAGACUGACGUUGAGGGAGAGGUUGUUUACCUUGCACCACGCCGUCAGACUGACGUUGAGGGAGAGGUUGUUUACCUGGCACCACGCCGUCAGACUGACGUUGAGGGAGAGGUGGUUUACCUGGCACCACGCCGUCAGACUGACGUUGAGGGAGAGGUGGUUUACCUGGCACCACGCCGUCAGACUGACGUUGAGGGAGAGGUUGUUUACCUUGCACCACGCCGUCAGACUGACGUUGAGGGAGAGGUUGUUUACCUGGCACCACGCCGUCAGACUGACGUUGAGGGAGAGGUUGUUUACCUGGCACCACGCCGUCAGACUGACGUUGAGGGAGAGGUUGUUUACCUUGCACCACGCCGUCAGACUGACAUUGAGGGAGAGGUUGUUUACCUGGCACCACGCCGUCAGACUGACGUUGAGGGAGAGGUGGUUUACCUGGCACCACGCCGUCAGAGUGUCUACCUCCUCCCUGUAGGCCGUCUCGUCAUUGUUGGUGAUCAUACCUACUACUGUCGUGUCGUCAGUGAACUUGAUGAUGGAGUUGGAACUGUGUGAGGCCACGCAGUCGUUGGUAUACAGAGAAUACAGAAGGGGACUGAGGACGUACCCUUGUGGUGCCCCUGUGAUGAGAAUCAGUGUCGAGGAGGUAAUGUUUCCUACCUUCACCACCUGGGGGCUGCCUGUCAGGAAGUCCAGGACCCAGUUGCAUAGGGAGACGUUCAGACCCAGGGCCGUGAGCUUUGUGGUGAGCUUAGAGGGCACUAUGGUACUGAAGGCUGAGUUUUAGUAGAUGAACAGCAUUCUCACAUACAGUGGGGAAAAAAAGUAUUUAGUCAGCCACCAAUUGUGCAAGUUCUCCCACUUAAAAAGAUGAGAGAGGCCUGCAAUUUUCAUCAUAGGUACACAUCAACUAUGACAGACAAAAUGAGAAAAAAAAUCCAGAAAAUCACAUUGUAGGAUUUUUAAUGAAUUUAUUUGCAAAUUAUGGUGGAAAAUAAGUAUUUGGUCAAUAACAAAGGUUUCUCAAUACUUUGUUAUAUACCCUUUGUUGGCAAUGACACAGGUCAAAUGUUUUCUGUAAGUCUUCACAAGGUUUUCACACACUGUUGCUGGUAUUUUGGCCCAUUCCUCCAUGCAGAAUUCCUCUAGAGGAGUGAUGUUUUGGGGCUAUCGCUGGGCAACACAGACUUUCAACUCCCUCCAAAGAUUUUCUAUGGGGUUGAGAUCUGGAGACUGGCAAGGCCCCUCCAGGACCUUGAAAUGCUUCUUACGAAGCCACUCCUUCGUUGCCCGGGCGGUGUGUUUGGGAUCAUUGUCAUGCUGAAAGACCCAGCCACGUUUCAUCUUCAAUGCCCUUGCUGAUGGAAGGAGGUUUUCACUCAAAAUCUCACGAUACAUGGCCCCAUUCAUUCUUUCCUUUACACGGAUCAGUCAUCCUGGUCCCUUUGUAGAAAAACAGCCCCAAUGCUUGAUGUUUCCACCCCCAUGCUUCACAGUAGGUAUGGUGUUCUUUGGAUGCAACUCAGCAUUCUUUGUCCUCCAAACACGACGUGUUGAGUUUUUACCAAAAAGUUCUAUUUUGGUUUCAUCUGACCAUAUGACAUUCUCCCAAUCCUCUUCUGGAUCAUCCAAAUGCACUCUAGCAAACUUCAGACGGGCAGGGGGACACGUCUGGCACUGCAGGAUUUGAGUCCCUGGCGGCGUAGUGUGUUACUGAUGGUAGGCUUUGUUACUUUGGUCCCAGCUCUCUGCAGGUCAUUCACUAGGUCCCCCCGUGUGGUUCUGGGGGGGAUGAUAGUGGACAUCAUGAAGCAGGUGGGAAUAGUGGCCUGAGCUAGAGAGAGAUUGAAAAUAUCAGAAAACAUAACAGCCAGCUUGUCUGCACAUGCUCUGAGGGCACGGCAAGGGAUGCUGUCUGAGCUGGCAGCCUUGCUAGGGUUAACACAUUUGAAUGACUUCCAUACGUCCUCCGUGGAGACCGUAAGUAAGUAGCCCUCGUUGUCCUCAGCAGCUCAGAGUCGCUCCAAGCGGGAGGAAACUGAGUUUAUCUCAUCCGGUAGGGUGGUGUUGGUGUCUGCCACGUAACUGGCUUUCUUUUUAUAAUCUGUGAUGGUUAAAAGCCCCUGUCACAUACGCCUCGUGUCCGACCCGCUGAACUGAUCCUCCACUUUGUCCCUAUACUUGUGUUUCACCAUCUUGAUCGAUCUUCGUAGUUCGUAUUUCUACUGUUUAACCAAACUAUUGUCCCCAGUCUCCUUGCCCUGUUUAUAAGCAUCAUCUCUCUCUUUCAGUUUCCCUACAAGGCUGCUAUCAAUCCAUGGUUGGUUUUGAAAGUUUUGAAAGACACCAUCGGUAUCAUCAAUGCAUUAGUUUAUGAAUUCGGUGUCUGAGUCAGCGUAUUCAUUGAUGUACAUAUUCCAGUCCACGUGAUCAAAAUAGUCUUGGAGCAUGGGAUUCUGAUUGGUCGGACCAACGCUGUACAGACCUGACUACCGGAACUUCCCUCUUGAGUCUUUGUUUGUUGGUGGGGAGAAGCAAAAUAGUGUCGUGGUCAGAUUUGCCAAAAGGAGGGCCUUAUACCCGUGUCUAAAAGGUGUGUAGCAGUGGUCCAGCGUCACCUUACCGCGAGAUGGACAGUCAAUGUGUUAUUAAUCAUUUUGAGAGCAGGAACCUCAAAUUACUUUUGUUAAAGUCUCCCGAAAAUAAUGAAUGCUGCCUCCGGAUAUGCGGUCUCCAGUUUGUUCAAGGUCCAAUGAAAGUGUUCGGUAUUGACCUGUGGUGGGAUGCACACAGCCGUGGCGAUAAUCCCUGCGAACUCUCUCGGAAGGUAAAAAGGAGACAUUUGAUUACCAAUUAUUCCAAGUCGGGAGAGCAGAAGCUCGUAAGUUCAUGUACGUUCCCCCAUCGCACCAUAUGUUGUUGGUCUUAAAGUAGAGCCAACCACCAGAGACAGCUCUCUUCCUAUCCACUAAUUUGGAUAUCGGAGGAGAGCCAAGUCUCAGAAGUAUUGCAGAAUCUGAAUUCGUCAAGUUUGUUAAUUAAUGAUUGAACUUGGCGAGAAGUAUGCUGGGUAAUGGAGGACAGUAGUAUGCUGGCAAAUGGAGGACAGAUAGUAUGCGGGUAAUGGAGGAGACGUAGUAUGCUGGGUAACAGGAGGACGAGUAUGCUCGUGGAUGAGGUGUUGUAGGCAGAGAAACCGAAGCCACCAUGGCGGGCCAGGCUGCGCAGAGGCCCCUGCUGCCAGAUAGAUUGAACACUGGCCCACCAAAGCCAUGGCAGGGCCAGGUCUGCGCAGAGGGCCCUGCUGCCAUGAUUGAACACUUGGCCCACCGAAGCCAUGCAGGGCCAGGCGGGCAGAGGCCCCUGCUGCCAGAUUGAACACUGGCCCACCGAAGCCAUGCAGGGCCAGCUGCGCAGAGGCCACUGCUUGCCAGAUUUGAACACGGCCCACCGAAGCCAUGGCAGGGGCCAGGAUGCGCAGAGGGCCCUGCUGCCAGAUUGAACCACGGGCCUCACCGAAGCCAUGGCAGGGCCAGGAGGAGAAGAGAAAAGCAAGGAGGAAAGAUGGAAAAAGGGAAAAAAAAAGAAAAAGGGUUUUUGCUAGGGUGAAUACCCGAAGUUGCCUAGAUGAAAAACCUGUCGAUGUUGCCCUUGCGGCAAGGCACUUAGCCCUAUUUGCUGCAAAAGAGUUUCUUACUAAAAUGUUACUUUGUUGUUUGGGUUUUUCUCUACAACUUUACACAUUUACAAGAGGAAACAGUGGGAAGCAAGAGGUGAUAGAGGGAUUGGAAAGGCGGCACCUUUCGAGGGGGCCCCCGGUCAGGAAUCCAUUCCCGUGUUAUUGGAAGUUUUGGACAGCUGUAGCGACAUGUCCCUAACAUUCAAUAGACUACCUAAAGGGCCAUCAUCACCCUUCCUAUGAAUGUCGUUUGUUUGGUAGUGUUGAGAGGACUCUCCUACAAGAGGCCGUAUCAAACAUCAUAGAUAUUGCAUGUGGGACACGUCUCUCAACAACUUAGACCCUGUUUGUCCUUUAAAAGGAACUCUGUGAAGUUGGGGCUUACAGAUGUGAAAUAACCUCCAUCUUUUAAACAACAAGCCCUGGGCGCUACCCCCCCAUUUUCCUGUAGGGCAUGUGAAAACGCACAAAAAGGUAAGCCCGACCGAACACUGUUUCUGAUUUAGCCCUGUGUGUCAUGCCUGCUUGGUAGGCCAGGGUCUUGUUAGCUCUGAGUGCAGUGAGAUGGUUUGAUUCGUACCCGCCGUGUACUAUGUUAUGAUGUUUUUAUGUCUGAAUGCCUGUACUGUAGGUCUGUUAUUCAAAGUGAGCUAUUUCAUUUCACACCCACCGUACAGUCAAGAGUAGGAUUGUAGCUAAGGAGUAGGUGGGUUUGCAACGCCAGGGUUGUGGGUUUUCGAUUUCCCAUGGGGGGGCCAGAUGAAAAAUAUUUAAAAAUAAUGUAUGCACUAAUGUAUGUCGCUCGGAUAAGAGCGUCUGGCUAAAAUGACCUAAAAUGUAAAUGUAAUUGUAUGUCUAAGUAAGUGUAAUGUAUUGUUGUGGCUGUUUUAAUUUAUGGCCAGUGCAAUAAGCCGUUGCUGAUGUCUGGCCGAUGCGCUGACCAUGUCCUGAAUCCAAACCUGUUGUGCCCUAGAUUGGAUUGGAUUCUAGGUGAGAGUCAACAUGCACAGAGUUGCAGAUGUAAUUACAGGCUAUGAGUAAAAACCUUCAUGUCCCGCAUCCAACACAGGAGAGAGAAAUAAAAACAAUACAAGUAAUAAUAAAGAAUAAAAAAUAAAGAGAUAAAUAUUAACACCUGUAACAAAGGUAACAUAUACAUAUUAUUAACACUUGUAUAACAAGUUAAAAUAUAGAAAUAUUAACACUGAAAUGAAAACAACUGUAAAAUAGAUGGAAAGAUGAAAAAAGGAAAAAAAACGCGGCAAAGAGAGAAAGAUAAAACUUUGUAAAAAACAUAAGAUGAUAAGUGGUUAGCUUCAAGCAUGUUAAUUGUCCAUUGGGUGGGGGCAGGGUUAAGAAUCCGUUCCCAGAAAAUGUCCGUAGUGGAGAGUAGAUGGCAUUCUUCUUGGAAAGGUAGCGGAGAAACCAAGGGGGGAUGUUGGGAGGGGGGAAGGGAGCGAGGCCCAGGGGAGAGUUGUGGCACCCUUGGAGUGGCGUCUUGGUUGUCCUGGAGGCCCAGGGAGUGUGCACCCAGUGGUGCGUUCUGAGGAGAGGAAACAGAAAGAGGGAGAGACGGGCAGGGAAGAGGGAUAG